CGCCUUUUAGCAGGAUACAUGGGCAUUCUAGCACGGAAUGCAAAUAUGUUGCCAAUUAACUUCGAGUCAUGGCAUAAAGUGCCCGAGAGUAACAAGAACCAAGCUCUCGAUAACAUUAAGACGAGAUUUACUCUAGAGGUCUCCGAUGCUUAUGUAAAGAAGGCAUUGGGAAAAAGAUGGAGAGACCAUAAGAGCACUUUAAAGAAAGACUAUUUUAAGACAAAAAUAACACUCGACGAGAAAUUACAAAAUGUCCCGCCGGGAAUGCUGAGGUACCAGUGGGAAGAGGUCGUUAGAUUUUGGACUUCGAAGAAAGGAGAGGAUCGUGAACGAGUUGGAACAAGCAGUAGGAAGAAACAAAAAUUCAUGCACACAGCUGGGUCGAGAAGUUUUACGUGUGUAGCUCAGGCCGAGGAAGUGUUGUCGGGUCAAAAAGUUAGACGCCUUCAACUUUUUGACAUUACACAUAGGAAGAAAGAUGGAAACCCUAUGACUCCUGAAGCUGUAGAAAUUAUAGUACGUUUGCUUAAUACAAUUUGACUUGUUUUAAUUAUUUA